AUGGUGACCACGCGAGGACACACCAGGCCGGUGGUGACACGAGCUUCCAGAGCACGAGGCCUGAGGCCUGAUGGGCGGGUCCUCCCAGAGCCGGGCCCGAAGGCCAGGCUGGGGGCGCCCCAGACCACCGGCCAGCUCCGAGACCCCGCCGAAUCCCGAUGGCUUAUUUUCCCAAGCUUGCAGGCUGAGGUUUUCCUUCCGGUCAUUGUGUUUAUUUCCCCCAAAGAGCAAGGCCCCGCGGGGGCAGGCGCGCCGGCCCGGGCCCGGGACAAAGCCCACUCCCGGGCUCCACCUGGGCGCGGGGAGGGGCAGGGAGGGGCGGCGCUCCGCGGCCCGCCCGCCGGCCGGCCGCAGUUACCAAGCAGCGCGGCACCGCCCACCCCCGCCGCCCGCCGGCCAAUCCGGCGCGUCUGCUGCCCGGGCGCACGAGCCCCGGAGACACCAGUCCGAGCGCGACCCCACGGCUGGGGCCUGGCACCGAGCGCGCACCCGCACCGCCCGAGCCGGCCAAUCAGCGGGCCGGGCAUGCGCAGCCCGCAGGCUCGCUCGCUCGCUCGCUCGCUCGCGCGCGGGGCCCUCACGCGUGAGGCGCCCCCCCCCCCCCACCACCACACGCCGCGCCGAAGGCGCGCUGCGCGUGCGCACCCGCAGCGCCGCCCAGCGGGAGUUGUAGUCUCUGAUUCGUCCCCACCAAUGCGACGGCGGGGGACACUGGACUACGACUCCCAGGAAGCCUCGUGCCGACCAGCCCGGAGCCCGAGGACGCGGCGAGCUCGGCGCCCGGCCCUCUCGGGCAAGGACUGUCAAUGGAGGCGCGGGUGGUGGGAGCGAGGAACAUGGCUGCACCUGGGGCCUGCGCGGCUGCCCGAGUGGGGGAGGGGAGCGGGGACGCAGGGAUGAAAAUCCAGGCCGAGUCGGUACCCUUGCCAGGCUUCAGCCGGCCGCAGCCACGGUCCCAUGGCUCGCGCUCACUCUUGCAUCCGAGAUUCCCUGCAAAUUGAGAGGCUGGAAUACUGCAAAAGCCGGGGAGCCCCAGGCCGGCCUGCCGCCUUCCCUGCUCCGCCAAGGGACUUCCUCCGCCCUGCACCACCCUCCGGGACACAAAGAACUCCUGUUAGUUUCUAAAGCUUGCCUCGAGAGACUCUUGCCGCAACUUCGGACUGGGCGAGGGAAGGGCACCAUUCUGUUUUUAUUUACCCCUCCACCUCCAGGCUUUGCUCACUUUUCACUCGACAUGUAGAAGGAAACUUAAGACGGAAAAGCCAUGGAGGGCGAACAGAAAACGUGAUUUGCAGCCCGUUUUGUUCUGUCAACCGCUAAGCAAUUUUCUCAAACCCCACACCCCCGGUAUUUUUUUUUUUUUGCUUCUCAACUUUCAUUAGCUCGCGAAUUUCGAAAAUGGUGAGAUAUUACUAUUCAUCCCAAGUUAGAAGUUUAAAAAACUCGAGGCCAGAGAUUUUAGAUGUUUAUGUAAAAAAAUCGAGUGAUUAUGUGAUGUUCCUCCCUGCCGGAGAUUCUGGCCACGCCGGCCAUCCUCCCCCCUCCCCCUCCUCCUCGGUAGGUGGCGACCACGGCGCUUUUUCCAGCCUUUGUCGCUCGCAAGAAAACUUUCCGAGCAGCUAGUCUUUUGAUGUAGGGCCAAGACCUUUCCUUUGAAUUUGGGUUCGCAGAUUAGCCUUCCCCAUCUUCUUCCGUAGACCGCACCCAUAAAGCCUCAUCUAGAAUGUCCAUGUUGGAUUUCUUUUAAAAUAGAUGGAGAAUUUAAAAGAUCCCUGCGAAGCAAUCUGAUUCCAGAAGACGUCUACGUUUUCCCGAUUUCCCCUGCAAUCUUUUACUGUCAUUUUGUCCUCGAUUUAUUCGAUUAGGACUCUCCUUUGUCAAGUUUCUGCACAGCAUUUAGUUUUUCAUAGGAACAGUUCUUUUUACACUCAUACUUCAUUAACAUUUUGGAAUAUUUAAACUCCAUCUUCCCAAUACCAAGUACAACUGACAUACUUAGGGAUAAACAUUAACUCUUGAGAAGCCUACAAUUCAGCUAGUAAUAGCAACCACCCCAGGAGCUGCAAACUCAGCUGCUGUGAGCAUCAGUUGAGGAUGCUUUAUGGAGGGAUAAGAGCCCUGAGUGCUCAGACGGUAUAGAAUCUGCCUGCAAUGCAAGGGGUUCCAGGGUUUAAUCCCUGGGUCCAGAUCCCCUGGAGAAGGGAAUGGCCACCCACUCCUAUAUUCCUGCCUGGAGAAUUCCAUGGACAGAAAAGCCUGGUGAGCUUCAGUUCAUGAGAUAGCAAGGAGUCCAACACGACCGAGGGACUAACACAACUUUUUUUGUUGUUUGUUUUUUGGUCUUGAACGGAUUAUUGGAGAUACUGAGAAGUUGAGGACAGUGAUGGGAGGAUGCACUGGGUGUGGUGGAGUAAUGGAGGAGCAUUGGAAGGGUGUUAGGAAGUAAGACAAGGGUUCAUUUAGUCACGACUACCCUUGUCAUUAAAAACUUAUGUGGGAGACAGUCCCCUUUUUAUGAAGUUAACAGUUCCGUUUGAAAUUUUGCUGCUGCUUCAUGAACAACUCCAGCUUCCUUGAGGUUGAGGUUGAACUAUUGAAUCCUAAAGCUGGUCUUAAAACUUUAGGUGGUUUUGAAUUGCCUCUGGACAGAAAGCUGGACCUUUGGGGGACAAUGAACAGCGUAUAGAAGUCAACCUUUUUUCCCCAUGUACUGCUAUUAGCAGAUUUAACCCUCAAAUCCAUGCUUACAGUCAUAAAUAUCAUACAUGUUCAGUCUUAAGACCCGGCUCACCUUGGCUGUUAGUGGUGCACUUGCUGUUGGCUAACCAGUUUUUCCCUCACCUCAUUGGUGCGGGUGCUCUGCUAAUGGUGAUCAGAAUUACAAGCCACUUGAGAUACCAACUCAGCACAGCCAGCUGUUUUCCAACACAAGAUCACACUGCUGUUUUAGGGGUUCAGCAACAAAUGAAAAAUAAAAAUAAAAAAAUCAUUG